AAACGAGCUGGACUUGCAUGUCCAGCACGGAACCAUUGUACAACGUACAGAGAGUGGACCAGCAAAUUAAGCCACGGCAACCACCUGCACGACCGCCACAGAUCUUCCCUCUGCUAUGCCUCCACUGCACAAUCAUGGCCUCUCCUCCUCGCUCCCCUGGCCAACCGAACAGACCCUGCAGUGAGGACGGCAUCCCCGUCGUCGACUUGGCCGUCCUCGUCAACGGCGACGCCAGGGAACGGUCGCAGGCGGUCCGGCACCUCGGCCGGGCGUGCCAAGACUGGGGCUUCUUCAUGGUGACCAACCAUGGGGUGCCCGAGGAUCUCCAGAGCGCGAUGAUGGACGCGUGCAAGGAGCUGUUCGGCCUACCGCCGGAGCAAAAGGCGGAGUUCAUGGACGCCGGCCCGAUGGACCCCGUCCGCGUCGGCACGGGCUUCAACUCCGCCGUCGACGGCGCCAGGUACUGGCGGGACUACGUCAAGAUGUUCGCGCACCCCGAGCUCCACUGCCCCGCCAAGCCCGACGGCCUGCGGGGCGUGGCCGCGGAGUACGCGGCGCGCACGAGGGGCCUGCUGCUGGAGCUCACGGCGGCCAUCUCCGAGAGCCUGGGGCUCCCCGCCGGCCGCAUCGCUGAGCGCCUUGACCUCGGGUCCUGCUUCCAGAUCCUCGUCGGUAACCAUUACCCGCCGUGCGCUGCUGGCCCGGACGACGACGAUGGGGCGGUCGGGCUGCCCGCUCACUCCGACCACGGCCUCCUCACCCUGCUCUUCCAGAACGGCGUCGAUGGCCUCCAAGUCAAGCACGACGGCCGGUGGCUCCUCGCCAAGCCCAUCCCCGGCUCAUUCUUCGUCAUCGCCGGCGAUCAGCUGGAGAUCGUGAGCAAUGGAAGGUACAAGGGUGUGCUCCACCGUGCACUGGUCGACCGCGCGCAGGCGAGGAUGUCGUGCGUGAGCCUGCUCGGGCCGUGCCUGGACGCCGUCGUCAAGCCCGUGCCGGAGCUGGCCGUGCCACCCCUGGGACUAGAGUUCAGGGGGGUCAAGUACAGGGACUACAUGGAACACCAGCAGAGCAACAAGCUCAACGAGAAGGGAGCGCUGGACCUCGUUCGGGUGCAGCGUCACAUACUUACUGACACGCUCUGCAGUUCUUGAACUUACUAGGCAUGAUUCCUCAGGUUCAAAUCCUCAAGUUGACCAAAAUUUAUGUGUCCAUUAUUAAAUUUUUUUUAGCAACCGGUUGGAGCUCUGACUUUUCACUAAGAAAAAGAGAAUUGAUCAACGAGUACUGUCAA